UAUAUUCCUGGCUUGUUUCUUGCAUUUUCUGUCUUCAUUUAUCUAUUUUUUUUCUUGGUAUCUCUAUCUUUCUAACUCCAGGGAGGCCUCACCACCCACCUUCCCCACCCCAGGAUAAACUAUCACGCUCCUUCAGGACCUCAAUACAGGGCGUUUCCUUCUUAAGCUAACUCCUGCCUCUGCCUACAUCCAGCUGAGUGCAGAGGACACAGAAGCCCUGAAGAGUGAGGUCAGCGCAGCACCCUUGGACCUGAAUAUGGCCCCUUUUCAGACUAAUAAGGAGCUGAUCUCUGCAGGAAUAAAGGAGUUUAAUGUUCUGCUGAAUCAGCAGGUCUUUGAGGACCCUCUUAUCCCUGAAGAGAACAUGGUGACUGUGGUUGGUGACUGGGUGGACUUGUACACCAGCUAUUACACGAAGCACACGCUUGGGGAGCAGCCAGAGCAAGACAAGACUCUGGAGGAACUCCAGCGGGAGCUGAGUACUUUGGGGAGUCAGUUUUUGGCCAAAUAUAGGAGCUUUCUGAAGUCCAAAGAACCCCCAAAGAGUAAAGCCUCAUAG